CGACGCGCGCCUCGAGCUCUUCGGGCCGUCGCCGACCAAUGGCCGACCCUCGGACAUCUCCGCGCACUGGGCGUCUGUGCCCUGCGACUCGCUGACCGCGGCCGCCACAACUGCUCCGUCUGUCUGACUCUGUCCACACGACCGCCUCAGCCAGCCGCACACCGUCUCACGUCUUCCGCAUCUGAAGCUGACGCAGAAAGCCUAGAUGAAGACCGAAUCCGAUAGGUCAACUCCUGCUCCCGCACCCACACCAACGCCCUCGACCGCGCCCACCUUCUCUGCGGCACAAUGGGGCAACCAGGUCCCGAUUGACCCCGCCCUUCAGCAAACCUCGCAGCCGGCGCCGCAGCCAACGUAAACCACACGCGUCUACAUCCUCCUCAUGCCGCUGACGUCGCGGCGCAGCAGCGGAUACUACCAGUACUACAGCCAGACGCCAUACCAGUACUCCUAUCCGCCUCCGCAAGCAGCCCAGCCUUCGGUCCCGGCGUCCACCGCGCAGACACAGCCGGUCGCGUCGACUUCGCGCGUGACGGCGCAACAGCCGGCGACAGAGACCACGAACACCGAUAUUGCCACGCUCAAUGACGCGAUCGGGAGCGCAGGGGUGGACCUCAGGGCCGAAGAAGAAUCACUACAAAGGACAGGGACCUACGACUCAUACGCGUCAUACCGACCGUACGAAGACCGCUCGCGCAAGCAACCCGCCAAACCCAACUUCGACACGCGCUACCUCGGCGCGACGAUGCGCACCCUCGGCGCGCAGCACCAGGUGCCCAAGAUCCCCGAGGACACCGUCAACUACCUCGCGCUCGCGCUCCGCGCGCGGCUGCAGGACCUCCUCACCGAGAUGGUCGCCGCGGCCGCGCACCGGACGGACGCGCAGUUCGACCAGCCCGCGGCGCUCUACGAGGAGGACAGCUCGCCGAUGUGGAGCGUGACCGUCCGGCGCGACGUCGCGAAGCAGCUCGCCGCGCUCGAGAAGGUCGAGCGCGAGGAGGAGAUGCGCGUGCGGCGCGAGCGCAAGGAGCGCGUGGACGCCGCGGCGGCACAAGCCUCGGCGCUCGGCGCGCAGGGCGGGGCGGGCGGCGGGGCGGACGGGGCGGGCGCGGAGGAGGAGGGUCCAAAGAAGAAGAAGAAAAAGGAGGGCCCGGGCGUGACGGCGCGCAACAUGUCGGAGGACGCGCGGAAGAAGAUGUCGAACGCGGUCGCGAGCCAGGCGGCGGGCCUCGGCACGGGCAAGUACGCGUGGAUGACGCAGGCGACCGCGGGCGCCGCCCCGCAGAAGCCGAAGCCCGGCGGCGGGGCGGCGGGCAGCGGUGCGACGACGCCCGCGACGACGACGGCCCCUGCGGCGUCGGCGAAGUCGGGCUCGUGGGCGAAGGCGUAUGCAAAGUCGAACCCGACGCAGCAGAGGGAGGACGACUCGAGGAGACCGAUCACGAUGCGGGAUGCGCUGUUUGUGAUUGAAAAGGAGAAGGGGCACGGCGGAGGCAGGGGCUCGGCGAGGGGAUGGACCUGAGCGUCGCGUCCUCAUGCUCAGUUUCUCGAGUUGUAGGACGCUGUACUUGUAUGUUCUGCCACUGCUCUGGCUCGUGUAAACCCUGACAUUGGGAUGAACGGCGUCCCAUGCCGUGUUCUGCGAUACUUAUGCAUGACUUUUUGUAAUUUGAGUAUGGGUGCCGGUGGCU